AUGGCGGAACAAAACACCACUCCCACCACCAGCCAAUUCGGCACUACCCACGUCAUCGAACCCGCCUCACCACAUACCCACACCCACACAGCCAUCAUGCUGCAUGGCCGGGGCAGCAACGGUCCAGAGUUCGCCCAAGAACUCGCCGAGACCGCCGCGCCCGGCCAAAAACACCUUCUGCAACGCUUCCCGAGUUGGCGGUGGGUGUUCCCUUCCUCGCAACAAGAGAUGUGGAGCAUCGCGUUUGAGGAAACGCUGCCGGCUUGGUUCGAGGCUCAUUCUCUCACCGACACGUCGGAGCGGCAGGACUUGCAGAUAAGUGGUAUCAAGCAGUCGGUUGCGCACAUCCAGGCCAUCGUGGACAGGGAGGUGGAAAGCCUUGGCGGGGAGGCUGAUCGGGUGGUUAUCAUGGGCAUCAGCCAGGGUGGUGCCGUCGGCAUGUGGACGUUGCUGUGUCAGCGGAAUCUUGGGAGACGCGUUGGGGCGUUUGUGGGAGCUAGCACUUGGUUGCCUUUUGCGAGGUACAUUCAGGAGCUUCUCGGCAAGAACGAUUCUUCUGGAGAGACGCCGGCCGGCACGGGCUCAUCAGAUGUCUUUGUCCGCGACAUGUUAUCUACUUGGCUUUCACCUAACGGUCCCGAGUCUACGGGCCGCCAACUACUUUCCACACCAGUGUUUCUAGGGCAUGGCAACGACGAUGCAUUUGUUGGCGUUGAUCUGGGCCAAGAGGCUCGGAAAGUCCUUGACGAUUCUUUUAACAUGGACGUAUUUGACACCGGAAAGCCCGACCGGCUGCACCAGUCCCUGAGCAGCGCAUGGGGGAGUUUCUUGAGUGCCCAGCAUUGCAGCCACGAGGUCAACACCAUCAGAAGAACCUUGGACGAACACAUUCACCAGGCCAACUUAGCAACUACAUCCUUGCAGAAGGAGGUUUCAGAAAAACACGAACAACUCGCCACUGCCGUCGCUGAGCUCAAAUCCGAAGCCGAGCAGUGCACUUCUGAGAUCAAGGAAGUCGCCGCUCUCCGCGCCACUAUCUCAACACUGCAACAAAAGAUCAACAAAGAAGGGAAGGAGUUCGCCAAAAAGAUUGCAGAUUUGUCGAAGAAAGUUGCUUCUCAGCAAGAAGGCCUCGACGGACUGCGCCCAGAGGGGUUCUCUGACAGCCGGGAGCUGCAAGAGAAGUUCCAGCUGGGGUUUGAAAAGGUUGAGACUCUCCAGGAGGAACUGAAGGAGACUCGCGCCGAGAAGCUUGCGGCUGAGGAGAGGCUAGCUGCACUCGAGAGCCGAAUGAUGACAAUAACCGGAGCUCACGAGAAUGGUCCCGGAAACGCCGACAGGCGUCUAAAGGAACUCCUUUCCCGCUAUGAUGAUCUGAUAGGACUAUUAGACCCCCAACCACUUGAACCUAAGUCCCAGAACUCAUCGCCCUCACAAGACAACGCCAAGAUCUCUCACUCUCAAGCCCGGGGCCCCGCCUCUGCUAACCACUCCGACUUUGACAUCCGCUCUCUAUACCUCGUCUUCCGAGAGAAGUACAAGACUUACCCGCCCAGAUCAGAUACCGCUUUCAUCUGGCAAUUCCUGAACAGCAUCAAGGACCCAGUCAUCUCCAAACACAUCCAGGAAUCGAUCGCCGUCGCCCUUCCGGACUAUGUCUUGCGGAAACACAGGCGCAGAACGCCAAGGAAAUUCAUCGAGAUUUCCAAGGCUUUGACGUGGAGGAUGUUUCGGGAGGUGUUGGUGAAGAUUCCGGGGCCGGCUUAG